AUGCCUGACGACAGCGAGCCGCAGGGUCCGAGCAACCCCUUCAUCAGGUUCAAGAACCACGUUAACGCCAACAUUAGCACCGGAGUCUCUGUCCUAACCGGCAACACGGGUGAACGCGACAAGUCUCUGGGCAACAAUCAGCAAAGGACUCGCAACCAACAAGAUCCUGCAGACCACGAAGGCCCCGAUCAUGCUGCAGCCUCGUCACCAUGUCUAGCCAGGAACCAACCUCUAGGCGAGCCCAGGAAGCAGCCCGGCGAGAUCGAAUACUGGAACGACUGGUGCCUUGUUGAUCCUUACAGCCCACACAAUUUAACACAAAUCCCCCAGCCCACGCCUAAGGAUCUCCCCUCCGAUGUUGAUCCGGCCGGCUUUGGCUUCCAUGAAGCCUUCGAGGACCUCAUGUCUGCGAGCAGUCCAUCUCGAGGACAUCUCAUGGACCUGAGAGAGCGAGCCGGUCUGAAGAAGACCGUCUUGGGCAGGCUCGUCGAGGGAGAACCCCCGUCCGCCUGGGUCAGACGACUCCACGGGGACGGGAUGCUGCCUCCGCCCUUUUUUUGGGAGCACCCAGGACCCCUUGCAGGAAUGCGAGGGCUCCGGGGAGUGUGGGGAGUACCACAGGCACGCGAGCUGUAUGAAGCGCGAAGGGCGUUUGAACAAGAGUCUAGGGCUGAGCACGGCGAUGGUGCCGAUGGUGCCCAGUCAUUCAUGGACUUUAUCCGCGGAUUCGAGGAUGGCACCGCUGGCGAGUCCUUUUCCAGGUUGGAGGAGGCUCUGGGGCGGGAUGCGGCCGAGAUGAUCCUCAAGGCACACGAAUUUGCGGGACAUGCCCUACGGGCAUUUAUUGGGGAUGGCUUUGGAGAUCACGCCUCCGACAACAGUCACGCAAAAUCGCAUGACAGUGCGGAGCCUACGUCAGCCAGCGAGAGGGAUCAGCCUGCUACAGAGGAAGAUUUGUUCCAGAUGAUCCACUCCGCUUCGUCUGAAGUGGACAAAAUUGCCAACGCGUUCGCGAACACCAUGAUUGGAGAGGCUCCUCCACCGGCAGAGCGGACUAGGAGAGAAAUGGUGCCCGCCAGCGAAACCGUGGAGUACGAUGCUUUUGGUGGCAAGACAGUCAGGACAACGUCAGAGCAUGUGGACCUAUUUGGCUAUAUUCAUUCCAAGACAGAGACGAGGAGACUCAACGCGUGGGGUGAGACAGUGGAACAGGACACCCGCUACUCUGUGCGCUCUACCGCUGAUGCCCCCCAAGGCGGUUGUGUGCGCCAGGAAGCCGAUAGGGUGCGCCCGAGUGGUGGGCCAUUUUCUGUCUUGAUGACCCCCGAGCAAUACUCUGCGUUCAUUGCAAAUUCCUCGGACGAUCAGCUGGAGGCAUUCCGAGUCUCCACGGCUAUCACUGCUGAAGCAGGGUCUGACCUUGAGAACCUAGCUCUCACGCACCAUCAGUUGCGACUGAUAGCCCAGGAGCAGCUGAACAGGAGGAGGAGGAGGAGGAGGAAUGAGAGCGCGGCGGAGGAAGAGGCACCACGACCAUCCCCAGACAACAAUGACAAAGCAGCUCAGAGCGCUUCGAAGCAACCACUACAGUACUAUCAAAGGCAACUGCAGUUCCUGGAGGAGCAGAAUAAGAAGGCCCUCUUUGGGACACGAGCGGAAGCCGACGAGGCGGCCAAAAGCAUCUUAGCUGCUUUUAGCAGUGAGAAGCCAUUACCGGAGUACGAAGCUGGGCUGAAGCUUAUUGAGCAAGGUAGGGAAAGGAUGAGGAAAGCGAGAGAGGAGCAGGACUGGAAAACAUUGCGGCAAGUGAGAGAGCCUGUGGCAUCAGAAAAUGAGGCGCCGGCCAAAUCAGAGCCUCAGGAGCCUCAGAAGAACACAACCAGUGAGCGCUCUGGGUGGUUCUGGCGCUAA